AUGCUGUGGAGGCUUCGCCCCACAGACGCUGACAUCGAGCUCAACGCCUACUCGCGCGAGAUGUGCAAGAAGCUCGAGGAGGAGACCGAGAUCGCUAGCUGGACAGAGAACGGUGGCCUCUUCGUGGGGACCAAUGCUGAGCGGCUUGCCGAAUACAAGCGCUUCGCCGAGACUGGCAAGUAUUUCGGCAUUGAAAGCCACGUCCUAUCACCCUCGGAGGUGAAGGAUGUACAUCCGCUCCUGCGGGUUGACGACAUCUAUGGGGGUGUGUACUCCCCAGGUGAUGGUACCAUUGAUCCAACCAGCAUCUGCAACGCUUAUGCGAAGGCCUCCCGGAAGUUCGGUGGUGGAGUGUACGAGAAUGUCGGUGUCAGCGGUAUAGAGGUCGAGGACUACCUCACAGCUGGGUCAGCACCUGCAAGGCGAAUCAAAGCAGUUCUGACGGCCUGCGGCAAGCGGAUCGAGACCCCCACAGUUGUCAAUGCCUGCGGCGCAUGGGCUAACGAGAUCGCAGACAUGGUAGGUGUGCAGAUACCUCUAAAGGCCAUGAAGCACGCCAUGGUCCUGACCGAGCCCAUUGCCGGCAUGCACAGCGGUUUGCCCAAUGUGCGUGACCAUGACCUUAGCGUCUAUUUGAAGACGCAGGGCGACUCCAUGGCGAUCGGCGGCUAUGAACAGAACCCCGAAUUCUGGCCAGAUGUCGAUCCCGGCUUUUCUUUCGGGCUUUUCGAGCUCGAUUACGACACUUUUGGGCAGAACCUGGCUGGGCACAUGCAGCGAUGCCCUGUGAUCGAGGAGACUGGGAUCAAGUCGACCGUUUGUGGACCGGAGUCUUUCACGCCGGAUCACAAGCCCCUCAUGGGCCCUCAUCCCGGCGUCCGCGGCUUCUACCACGCCUGUGGCUUCAAUUCCAUGGGUAUGAUGCUGGGUGGAGGCGUCGGCCGCGAGUUGACGAAGUGGAUCCUGACCGGAUCCCCUGAGGUGGAUCUCUUCAGCUUCGACUGCGCACGCUUCCACCCUGAGAGCGUGUCCGACAGCCGUUGGGUCCGAGAUCGCACCCACGAGAGCUACGCGAAGACGUAUGCCAUCGUCUUCCCUCAUGAUGAGUCCUUGGCAGGCCGUGGCAGCCGGAAGUCAGCUCUCUACGAUGAGCUGCUGAGCCGCGGAUGUGUUUACCAAGCGCGUCACGGCUUUGAGCGGCCGGGUUGGUUUGUCCCCUCCUCGGGCAGCCAGGAGGCCCUAAGCUAUGACUUCUAUGGUGCCUAUGAGGAGGGCGCUUGGCGACUGGGCGAAGAGGAUCAUCCCGAUAUUCCCAAGCAUGAAAGCCACGAGUACCUGGACCUUGUGGAGGGUGAGCUGACCUUUGACUGGCCUCAGAGUCAUGCCACUGUUGCGGAGGAGUGCCGUGCCGCACGCGAAGGCGUGGCCAUCUUCGACCAGUCCUACUUCGGCAAGUUCUACUUGAACGGCCCGGACGCAGACCAAGCCGUUCAGUACCUGUGUGGUGCAGACAUGGAGGGCAAGCGAAUAGGAUCCGUCACCUACACGCCUUUGUGCAACUCUCGUGGUGGUGUGGAGGCCGAUCUCACCGUAACGAAGUUGCAGAACUCCAAGGGCGAGAAUUACUACUACUUCGCGGCAGGUGGCAACACGGCCACAAAGGACUUAGCCUGGAUCCGAAAAGUUUUGGAGGACCAGAACGUUGAUGCACACAUCGAGGAUCACAGUGAGUCUAUGACCCUCAUCUCAGUGCAGGGGCCCCAUAGCCGUCGCUUGCUUCAGUCCUUGACUGACUCAGAUAUGAGUGAUGAUUCUCUGCCUUUCUCCGGUGCAAAGCACUUGGAGAUCGCCGGACAUCCGCUCCUGGUCCUUCGGCUCACCUUCGUCGGUGAGCUCGGCUUUGAGCUGCACACUCCGGCGGAUUCUGCAGUUGCGGUCUACCGCGCCGUGCACGAAGCCGGGGCAAAGCUUUCCGAGCUUGACGGCAUUCCAGUGCGGGAUGCAGGGUAUAGGGCCAUAGACAGCCUGUCCGCGGAAAAGAACCUCCGCCACUGGCACGCGGAUCUCAGCAACCGGGACACUCCAUUGGAGGCCGGCAUCGGCUUCACAGUGCUCUCGAAGUUGAAACGGACAGGCGCCGAUGCCCCGAACUUUCUGGGCCGCAGGGCCCUCGAGGGCCAGCGUGAAGCCGGGUUACGGCGAAAGCUGGUCUGUCUGGUGCUGGAGGCUGGCAGUGUGCCGCUCCAUGGCGCGGAGAGCAUCUGGAGGGACGGGCAAUGCAUCGGCUACGUCCGUUCCACGGCCUUCGGCCACACCAUCGGCAAGUCCAUCGCCUAUGGCUACGUCGACUGUCCCGAGUCCGAGCCAAAGAUCACCAACAAGUGGCUUGAGGCCGGUGAGUGGCACGUCGGAGACAAGGGCGAAAGGCACGCUGCGAAGUUGCACUUGAAGGCACCCUUCGACCCCAGCAACUCCCGGGUGAAGGGCCUCUACCCGACUCGGGAGCCAACGAUUGAAGGCAGCUUCGAGAAGCCCAGGACUGCGACUGUGUCUAUGCAGGCAUGA